AUGCCAGCUCCAUUCGAAAAAGGUAACGAGGCCAAGGGUGCCACUCUCUUCAAGACCAGAUGUUUGCAAUGUCACACCGUUGAGGAGGGCGGACCAAACAAGGUCGGUCCAAACUUGCACGGUAUUUUCGGCAGAAAGUCUGGUCAAGCUCCAGGUUUCUCUUACACCGAUGCCAACAAGAAGAAGGGUGUCACUUGGGGUGAGCAGACCAUGUCUGACUACUUGGAGAACCCAAAGAAGUACAUUCCAGGUACCAAGAUGGCCUUCGGUGGUUUGAAGAAGCCAAAGGACAGAAACGACUUGGUCACCUACUUGGUCAACGCCACCAAGUAA